CAUCACGUAAACAUCACAAAAUUUGAAUUUCGGUGGUGACCGGUAUAGAUAUCUCACAUCACAAUGUCAAAACUUCGCCGAAAUAUCUUACCUCGACGAGUCAUUGACAUUGCUUGUUUUCUUUUAAUAUUCAUAUUUACCCCAGUGACAUAUAUUUUCGAGAUGACAGUUGUGCUGCCGGUUUUCCAUGAGUUUGGUGGAUUUUUUCACACCUUCACCAUGAUUGCUGCACUGUUUUUGGUCUUUCAAAUAAAAGGCAAUAUGAUAGCUUGCAUGAUGUUGGAUACAAGUGUCGAUACCAUCACAUUGAAACCACCAACAGAGAAUGAUAAACUAAAACUUUGGCGAAAUUGUGACAUUUGUAAGAAACUAGUUCCACCACGGUCCUGGCACUGCAAGGUGUGUAAGAUUUGCAUUGUCAAACGAGAUCACCAUUGUCUUUUCACAGGAUGUUGCAUUGGUCAUUUGAAUCAUAGAUAUUUUAUGAUGUUUGUUGUUUAUUUACUUAUUGGUUCCACAUACGCCCUAGUUUACAAUAGUUUGUACUUAUGGUAUGUCAAAGCAGCUAUCUAUAGAAACUGUCUGACAGUGCUUAAAAUGACAUGUCCUUUGUUAAUGCUUGUGACAGGAUCAUUUUGGAGUAAUCUGACAUUGAUUAUUUAUAAUUUGAAUAUUUUGGCAUUUGUUUAUUCGGUAUUGCUGUUUGUUUACCAUGGGAGUAUAAUUCUACAAGGUGGAGUUUGUCAUGAACGCGGAAAGUAUAAAUACAAUCUUGGUUGGCGGAGAAAUCUUGAAAUUGUUUUUGGAGGGAAUAUGAGUAGAGUUUGGAUGUCACCUCUCAUAAAAAGUCAAUUACCACAUAAUGGAGUCGAAUGGGAAAUGCAACAUGAAGGAAACAAAGACAGUUGAGAAAUGUUUAUUGAAUAAAUUCUUUGAAA